AUGUGGCAUAGAUUGCGACAGAUAGUGCGGAGUACGCCAGAAGAUUCAUGGCACCGAAGACGACGCCGCGGGGAGGGCAGGGGGUAUGAUAGGGAAAGUAAUAGGAGAGAAACUGUAGGAGCUACUAUGGGUGGGACUACGGGAAGAGCGAGAGGAGAGGUCAUGCGCCUGAAUAGGGACCAAGCGAGCCGUGUAGGACAUAUCGGACAGCACGAACAUCAAUCCCGAGGACCGGCUCCUUUAAAUUCGCAUAUUCAAUCAAUCUCUUCUUUCGGUAGUGGCUGGAAUGCUUUCAGGUCCCGUCAUCCUUUAAAUCAAAAUCCUCCUGCCCCUCGCUAUUAUGGUCAUCCUACUCCUUCUUACUCUCCUCCCCCUCCCUCUUACUCGCCUCCUCCAAUUUAUGGUACACCCCACGAAGCUUCCUCUCUUUUUGAGAAUGGUCGCAGAUCUACAUCUUCAAGGUCUGGGAGUGAUUCAUUAUUCUUCCGCAAUCAGCGCAACACGGCGAUGGCGAGGCAUGCAGACACAGAUUCGAGACGACAAAGUACAGCAGAUCAGUCGAUGAUACAACUCCUCGCUUCUAUACAUCAAGGGAAGCCUUUCUUUCUCCUCGUACAUCCCACGAAGGAAGGUCUCAUUCUUUUCGUGCACCAACAAGGAGGCAAACUCAUCGCUAUUCUUAUGGAUCACCGGAGAGACCUCGUACCUCGUCUUAAAGAGAUAGUGAAAGUUUCUAUUCGUCCUAUUAAUGUAAAUAAGGAGAUUUACCAUUCUAAGUCCAGGUCCAACAAUAUUGCUGCAAAGAAUGAUCUAUAUGCAUCUACCACAGAUCUAACAAUUCAUAGAUAUGAUUGA